AAAAUAAUACUCCCCAUGCAUGAUUUUGGUUCUAUUUUUCAUUCUCUCCGUGAAUUGGAGAUCAGUCAUCUCAUUAAUCUAGUUUCUUUCUUGGCAGGUCGAGGGCAUGGCAGCGACGGUGGCCGUCCCCAGUGCUAUAGUCCUUAAAGUUUUAACCACAAAUAACUAUGAAGAUUGGAGUAUUCGGGUCAAAACCUAUCUGCUGGCUAAGGGUCUUUGGAAGGUCGUCGGAUCCGCCACGGAACCUCCUAGUGUAGAAGAUGAGGCAUGGAUUAAGAACAAUGCAGAGGCUUUGCAUGCUAUUCAUAUUUCUUGCGGAGAUGAUACCUUCUCUUUUAUUCGGGACAUGGACACAGCUAAAGCUGCGUGGAAUACUUUAGAAAAAAGGUUGAAGCCCGCUAGACUACCGGAAAGGAAAGGACACAGCAGCAAUGCCAAUUCCGCCACCAAUGAUCAUGAUCACAACACCUAUCAACAUUUCUUCCAUUGUGUGGAGCGUGAAAGCACAGCUGAUGCACUGGAGUUUCUUAAACAAAAUCCUCACCCAAUAAGAGAACUAAGACAUCCAUCAUCCGACCUUCCGGCUCUUCACUUCGCAAUCUCGGAGUGUAACGCGUGGAUAUUAUAGCAGAGUUGGUGAACUUAAUGACAGAGAAAGACUUGGAAGAAAUAUUGGACCCUUCUGGUCGUACAGCUAUUUGCUAUGCUUUUGACUUUGUACAUCCAUUUGAAAUGGAGGAUGUUGUUAAAUGCAUGGUUGAAAAGAAGAAGAAAUUACUUAGCAUUAUUGAUCCUUCCACCAAAAUGAUUCCACUUGUCAGGGCUCAUCAAAACAGAUCCACCCGUACCAAACACCAGUUUUUGUUCCAGUGUGACGAUUCCUUGGUUAAGUAUCUGUAUUCUGUCACUCCACGCGAAACUCUCAAUGCUCACCAAGCAGCUGAAAUUAUUUCUCAAGGUUUUAUAUAUAAACAAUUUGAUAUUUCUUGGGAUUUAAUACAACACUACCCAAUUUUGGCUAUUACUAAAAACUUAUCUGGAAAAUAUCCCUUGAAUAGAUUGGCUGAGAGCAUGAAAUGGGAACAUUUAUUUUUAAGCGAAAGCAGACUUAACUUCUU